GCUAGUGCGUGUGCACGUGGACAUGUUCUAUAAAACCAUACCGCGGGACAAUUGACAUCAAUCUACACUUGAACGUCCAACAGCACUACCAAAAAUGUUCAGCAAAAUCGUAGCCAUCAGCGCCCUCCUAGCCGCGGCCAAUGCUGGUCUUUUAGGCCACGGACACGCCGUCUCUUCCCAAAGCAUCGUCCGCCACGAUGAAGCCGUUGUACAUUCCGCCCCUGUAGCGCACUACGCCGCACCUGUAGCCCACUACGCCGCCGCCCCCGUCGCCCACUACGCCGCUCCCGUAGCUCACUACGCCGCUCCUGCUGCUCACUAUGCUGGUCACGAUGAAUACGCUCAUCCCAGAUACGAUUUCUCUUACUCCGUGGCCGACCCCCACACCGGCGACCACAAGUCCCAGCACGAGAGCCGCGACGGAGACGCCGUGCACGGCUCCUACUCCCUGGUGCAGCCCGACGGCUCCGUGCGCAAGGUCGACUACACCGCUGAUGCUCACCAUGGUUUCAACGCCGUCGUGCACAAUUCUGCCCCCGCCGUACACGCCGCCCCCGCUGUACAUGUUGCCCCUGCUGUGCACGUUGCCCCCGUUCACGGUUACCAUCACUACUAAUUAACAAUAAGCGAUAUAUAGUUAAUAUUCAACCGCCAAA